GUGCAGACUCCUUCGACCGCAGACGCAGGACAUACCGGAUGCAGGCAUCUUCUCCUUGUUCGGUGCCCUCGACGGAGAGUUGGGGUUCUUCGUUCAGGACGAGGUGUCGGCCUACUUCGGCGAAGAAGAUCCGGCAAGGGAGCGAGGGCCGCAGCCCGGCAGGUGUGUGCAUGUGAGCUUCGAUCACGUGCCUCCGUGGCAAGUAGAGCCGCCUACGGUUCUUCAGGUCACACCGAAUUUGCAGAUGCAGCUCGAGGGGCGGUUUGCCCUGGGGGUGCCACCUGUCGCAGGCGCAGAUCGCAGGCCACAGCAGGCAAAGGUCCACUUGGAGGUGCAAGCAUCCAUCGUGUACAUACGUUUCGUGGAGCAGCCGGUCAUUGUCGAAAAGCUUUGGCUCUCGCGUGACCUGCCCAUGGAUGGGCAUGCAGCUUUCCCAAUUAUUCUCCGAGGCCGUCACAAUGUUGAAGAAUACUGGUCAGUGUAUCUGCGUUAUGUGGAUCUCUUGGAGCAGACGUGGGUCAGCCCAGCCCUGUCGCCCGUGCCGAUCAGUGAGAUCGUAAUUCUCGGCGGGCAGGGCCUGCGAAUCGGGUCAAUGUACCUCUCCGUGCUGGACCGUCACCUCGCCGCCAACGCUACGGAUGCCAUUCAGGCACAGGGCUGGCUCAUGGCACCAGCCCAGAAGAUGCUGUCCCUCCACGACGUCCUGAUUGGGAAGCUCCCUGUUCGGACGCACUCCGCUGUGCUUUCCCUCGGCGACGUCCGCCGUGGCGCCUUACGUCUCCGCCCUGAUCUCUUGGCGGAUCCCACGUCCGUGGCGGCUCUGGAGGUGGCAGCUCAACUCCGGAGCAUGAAGGCCAAGGAGGCAGAGAGCCCGGCGCUCACGGCCCCUGUGGCCCAGUUCUCGGAUGCCCGCACCACGGCCGCGGCCAUCGCGUUGCUGGACGCCUUGCUUACGGGAGCUCUGAAGUUCCCAGAGGAUAUUCCCCUGGAAGCUCUGGAGUCGGAUGCGAAUCUCUACGCCUCGGUCUACGGCGAGGUGACGCUAGAAGAGGCUGCGAACGCCCGCAGCAUGGAUGAUCUCUACGAGCGGCUUUUCACGGCGCAUCGCAUGGACAGCUUGGAUCUGCUCUUCUCGCACUUUCUCUGGGCGAACUUCACGGCCGCCCUGGCAAAGCCCGGCGGAGUGAUGGCAGACGAGACGACCUCGAGCUUCCAGCCGGUCAGCAACCGGAGCUGGCUGCCGCUGCAUGAGAACAGCGAGGUAGCAACGAGAAGGCGCCUCCUCAUUGCUCACCUUCAGGAGCACACGGCCCUCUUCCUGCGGUGGCAGGAGCCCAUCGAGGGAAAGCUCGCUUUCGUAAACAGCACGGGCUCUGUCGAGGUCACUUUCCGCCUCUACGACAACCUGAACUUGCUUGGUGUUGAUUACUACAAUGCAGCCUCAGGAAAAUCUGUCCGCUUGGACCUUGACCUCCCCGACGCUUGUCUCAGUCGGGACAUGUCGCGUUGCAGGUGA